UCCCUGCUGAAGAGCUUUUGCAAGACUCCCGACGGCUUUAGAGUGGACUUCAGGUCAGGCAAGAUUCAGCCAGGUGAAACUUACGAGCAGUUCAGCAUUCAACUUGGCCGCUCGUUUGAACAGUGGUUAGAGGCUUCCAAUAUUGACUUCACCUACGCUUCUUUAAAGGACUUUAUGUUGCUAGAUCAGUUCAUCUCCUCUCUUCUCCCUGACCUUCGGACGUUUAUUAAGGAACGUGGAGCUGCUGGCGGCCGCUGGCAGUUAGCCGACGACUGGUCAUCGGCGCGCCACUCAUAUCCCAGGUCUCCCCAGUCGUCAUCUGCCAGCAAGAAGACACACAAGAAAGAUAAAGCUUCCUUCGACUCCGGUUCUCCUGCCGCCAAAGUUCCUGCCUUCACCCUGAAGUGCCAUCAAUGCGGGGAGGUAGGCCAUAUCCGCCCCAGGUGCCCUAAGAAUCCUCGCGCCUUCAAGGACGCGCCGUCCUCUUCAGUUAACAUAGGCUUCUGUUGGGAGGACAGGAAAGUUUCCAACUACUGUGUUGCGGGGACCAUCAACGGCGCCUGGACUUCUACAAUCAUCCGUGACGCCGGUUGUUCCAGCCUCAUCGUUUCCGAGGAGGCCUUGCCAGAUGUUGGAACAGACUGUGUCGCUUCUAGCCGGCCCGGCAAGGUCGGGACUCGGACGUUGGUGCUCCCUUCUGACUGCCGUCAAAUCGUGCUACAAGUAGCCCACGAGAGUCCCCUCGCCGGGUUCCCUGAAGCCAUUCCACUCAAGGAUGUGGACUCUGUUUCUGUUGCUGAGGCUCUUCUGUCUUCAUUUUCCAGGGUCGGAAUUCCCCGGGAAAUCCUGAGCGACAGAGUUCACCACACCGUUUCAUCCGAGUGGGAAAUGCCCAGCGACCGCACCGGCUUGUCGGCCCUCGAUCUCCUCUACGGGCGCACUGUGCGAGGGCCCUUGACUGUCCUGAAGGACUUAUGGGAAGACCGUGACCUGCAGGAGGAAGAACGGACGAGUCUGCAAUACGUCAUCGAGCUCAGGGAGAAACUGACCGAAUGUGCUCAGCUCGCCGCCCGGGAGGCUGACGGAAAUGCCCAGCGACCGCACCGGCUUGUCGGCCCUCGAUCUCUCUACGGGCGCACUGUGCAGGUGUUGGAACGACGAAACAAGGUGGACUACCUGGUUGAUGACCCGAGGGGGCCUAAGCUGUACCACGCCAACCUCCUAAAAAGGUACCAUCGCCGCGCUCAAGUAAACUUCGCGUAUGUCAAGGACGAUACUUCAGCGCCGGAUGAUGACUGUUCACCCACAGGACCUUUGGAAGCAGAGGACCCUGACGACCUUGUUCCCUGUCCUUUGGUCUGUUCCGUUCCUGAUUCCGCCCUCAACCCGGCGCUGGACAUCAACAAGUCCCUGGAGUGGAACCAGCGCUCAUCGUUAGAAGACGUACUUUCCACCUUUAAGGACGUAUUUUCAGAGACUCCAGGUUGCACCAACACCCUGCAACAUGACAUAAUUUUAACCACCACCAACAGAGUCCUCACGAAGAACUACCCUGUGCCGAUCCACCUCCGUCCUUACUUUGAGAAGGAAGUUAACAACCUCCUCCAACUAGGCAUCAUCCAGCAUGCUUCCUCUCAACACUGCUCUCCCGUGGUAAUGGUACGCAAGUCUGACGGGAGCUACCGAAUGGCCAUAGACUUCAGGCAACUUAACUCCGUUACUGUUUUUGAUGCUGAGCCCACCUGUUCCGUCGAAGGGGACUUGCACAAGUUUGCAGGAGCUACCUACUUUUCGGAGCUUGACUUGUGCAAGGCCUACUACCAGAUCCCCUUGACCGACCGUGCCAAGCCUCUCACUGCUUUUUCCACCCACCAAGGAUUGAUGGAGUUCUGUCGACUUCCCUUCGGUCUCGUCACCGCCUGCUCCACCUACAUCCGCCUCAUGAGGACUGUUCUCGCGGAUCUGCCUAACAUCUCCUUUUAUUUUGAUAACGUCUUCAUUUACUCGUCAGAUUGGCCCAGUCACCUAACAGCUCUAACAUCUGUCCUUGAGCGGCUUCGUCAUCACCGGCUGACGGCGAAACCAUCCAAGUGUCGGUUUGGCUUCCCUUCUAUCCAGUACUUGGGGUUUGUGAUUGACGUGGUGCACCUUCGCCCCAUGCGGGACAAGACUGAGGCCCUGAAGCAGAUCAGCCCUCCUACUACCAAGAAAAGUCUUCGCAGCUUCCUGGGGAUGGCUUCGUUCUACCGCUGUUUCAUCCCCAUGGCUGCCGAGCUCACGGGACCUCUCUCCGACCUUCCCCGGAAACCCCAACGUGAGCCGCUGCCGUGGACUGAAGACCUGUUAUCACGGUUCGAACAACUGAAGGACGCCUUGCCAUCGCAGCCAGUCCUACGAUUACCUAACCCCGCCUUGCCUUUUGUUCUUAGGACAGACGCCUCGAACUUCGGGUUGGGAGCUGUGCUGCUGCAGUACUACAAGGACACCCCCCAUCCAGUCUGGUAUGCCAGUCGGAAGCUGCUUGACCGGGAAAGGAGAUACGCCCCCAUCGAACGAGAAGCCCUUGCCAUUUUGUUCGGGAUCUCCAAGUUUGACUUCUACCUCAGAGGUAAAGAGUUCAUUUUAGAAACAGAUCAUAAACCUCUGGUAUAUCUCCACAAGUCCAAGUGCUCCAACGACAGACUGUUGAGGUGGGCCCUUCAGCUGCAGAACUACCCGUUCCGGUUGGUUCAUCUUGCCGGCCGAGACAACGUGGGCGCAGACUUUCUGAGUCGCUCCUUAGGAGGUGAACGUUAG